UACGUAUUUAGUGUUUAGUCAGUCACCUGUACCAUCAACGUUAAGGGAAAUGGGAAGUCUGGGCUUGAGGCUCAAGUGAGUGUUUCGCCGUCUUGUUAACGAUUGUCAUCGUAUUUUCAACUACUUCUGAGCAGUUUAACGGUUCGAAGACGAGAUCACUAAACUGAGUAGAGCCAAGCAUCCACGCAACCACGGACUCAAUUGAAGUGGAACGUCUUCAGCCCUAUCAGCUCAAUUGUAUAUGAGACGACCACUUGUAACGUGGCGACUUCAUAACUAUUCACCAUGGAGUCUUUCACCAUCCGGACUCCGUGCUCGUCUGCCAACAUUGGCCCCGGUUUCGAUGUCAUAGGUCUGGCCUUGUCCGUAUACCUCGAGCUCCAGGUCACUAUUGACCGGAGCAAAUCUUCGUCGGAGCAUCCUCUAAAUUGCAGGGUAACGUACGAAGGAGAGGGUGAUGAGCCUGGCGAGAUACCUUUGAAUCCAUCUGAGAAUCUCAUCACGCGGGCCGCGUUAUACGUUUUGCGAUGCCACGAUCAACGGACCUUCCCCGUCGAGACACAUGUGCACAUCGUCAACCCCAUUCCGCUUGGCCGCGGUCUAGGCUCAUCGGGAGCCGCUGUUGUAGCUGGCGUGAUGCUUGGCAAGGUGGUUGGUGGUCUUGACCAGCUUGACGACAGCCGUUUAUUCGAUUUCUGCUUGAUGAUAGAACGACAUCCCGAUAAUGUUGGCGCUGCUCUAUUUGGCGGCUUCGUGGGAACCUAUCUCAAGCCCCUAGCACCAGAGGACGUUGCUCGUGUCGAAAUCCCGCUGAGCGAGGUCCUGCCAUCACCAGCUGGGGGCGUCGACACAGGGGAGCGACCGCCAGAGCCACCUUUUGGAAUUGGACACCACAUCAAGUUCCCGUGGGCGAAAGAGAUCAAGGCCGUCGCUAUCAUUCCUAAUUUCGAGGUGGCCACUGCGAAAGCACGUGAAGUGCUGCCAAGAUUAUAUCCUAUACAUGACGUCGUGUUCAAUAUGCAGCGGAUCGCUCUGCUCCCCGUGGCCCUGGGACAAUCACCGCCAGACCCGGAACUCAUCAACCUAGCCAUGCAGGAUAAACUCCACCAGCAAUACCGGCAAACCCUCAUUCCGGGCUUGCAAGAGAUAGUUGAUUCCAUGACCCCGGCUACCCAGAAAGGUCUGCUUGGCGUGUGUCUCUCGGGUGCGGGUCCCACGAUCCUCGCACUAGCGACAUCCAACUUUGAGGAGAUUGCAGAGAGGAUAAUAGCCAGGUUCCGUAAGGAGAAUAUUGACUGUCGAUGGAAAUUGCUGGAGCCCGCCGAGGGAACAAAGGUCAUCAAGACGUAAUGACGUGGUUUGGGCCUCGCGGCCCCCAAUCUUGAGUAGCGGGUAUGGGCAGCCGAUCAUAGACGAAUCGACAGACAGCUAGACAGCUCAAUCCGGAUUCACCACCCGGCCAUGAAGAUAAUCUCGUACAGGUUUCCCGGUAUAGAAAAGAGAGUGAUUACUUGGCAGUGUUCUCAAACUGAUAUAAAGGAAACCAUGGAUACCUGGUUCGCAAGCGAGGUCUAGGGUAGAAUAGUGUACGAAUUAGGUGAUAGACUGGUGUGUAAUUAACCGCGCUGUUCCGGAAGCAAAACAAUCCUUGCCUCGCUUAACACCUUUCCGUUAUAACCUGUCUGACUGCCCGGGGUUCCGCCCGGGUGGUUUACCUAAGUUGCUCUCCCUUUCCGUGCGAUCAUCAUUGAGCUGAAUGUUGUGUAUAGUGUCCUUGCAUCUUCAUCACUAUUCUAGCACGUUCAAGGGAAGGAUUCCGAAGUGCAUAAGUCCGCACGGACGAAUGUCACCCACCGCACCACAAUGCUACUUUCAGUUACGACUACCACCAAAGAAGGUCGUAAUCCAGCUUUUGGAUCGCAUCUACGUCAUCGUACAUCCGUGGUGGCUU